CCCCCUCCAAUCUCAUUCGUUCCCCUUUCCCAUGGGCCGAAAGAAGCGAACCCUCAACACCGCCGCCGCCGCCGCAAACCCUACUCCUCCCUCCCCUCCGGCGGCCGGCCACCCCGAUGCGGCGGCGGCGGAUGGCGGCGCCGCGGUCCGGGCCGUCUGCGAGAAGGCCCUGGCAGCGCUGCAGCGGGGGAACCACGCGAAGGCGCUCCGGGUGGUGAAGGACGCGGUCGGGAAGCACGGGGAGGGAUCGCCGCUGCUGCUCCGCGCGCAGGGGACGGUGCUGGCGCGCUACGCCGCGGUCCUCGACGAGCCCGUCUCCCGCGCGCGGCACCAGCGGCUCGCGCUCGAGGCGGCCCGCAAGGCGGUCGAGCUGGCCCCGGACUCCAUCGAGCUCGCCCACUUCCACGCCAUGCUCCUCUACGAGAUCGCCUCCGACACCACCGGGUACGAGGCCGCCAGCAGCGAGUGCAACCGCGGGAUGGCCAUCCAGAGCCCCACCGACCCGGCGCCCCACUCCCUCAGGCUACCGGCCCCGGACGUCGAGCAGGUCAAGGCCGAGCUCAGCAACCUGUUGCAGAGGUCCAACAUGACGUCCAUCUCGCUGUGGGUUAAGAACAUGAACAUGGGCUACACACCUGAGGAUAAGGUUCGGGUUUUCCCCAUUCGCCGCGGCGGCGCCGACGAUUCUUCCGAGGUCCGGCUCCUGCCUGCUGCGCCUGCGCCGCGCCGCCCGAAUGAGAUCAAGAAGGCUAAUAAGACCCCUGAAGAGCGGCGCAAGGAGAUUGAGGUGCGGCUUGCUGCGAUGAGGCUGAUGGAGCAGCAGAAGCACAAUGCCACAUCGGCCUCAUCAUCCACCUCCCAAUCACAGUCACCGGGGGAUGAGGCCCCCUCCUCGUCGUGUCAGUCAUCAGUGUCUGGGCAUCGCGCUGACCGGAGGAAGGGUGGGUCCAGGAAGGCAGCAGCUUCGCCAGUGUCCGGUCGCAUGAAUCAGGUGCGUGAGUUCUGGGCCACAGUGCCCAUGGAUCGGAGGCUUGCAUUCUUAAGCACCAGUAUUUCUGAGCUCAAGUCACACUACGCUACUGCGAUGCAUAAGGAGAAAGAUGCUGCCAGUUUGGUAUCUGAUGUGCUUAACGAGGCGAUAAGGUUUGCCACUAGGAGUGGAAAAUGGGAGUUUUUGGUAUGUGGCCGGUGUGAGGAGCAUUUUGCUGAUGCUGAAUCACAUGUACAUCAUGCAAUGGAGGAACAUGUGGGUGUACUACCUCCCCGGUUGAAUGAUGUGGUGCCGGAGGAGAUUGAUGAUGCCUGGGCAGAAAAGCUCACUGGUUCAACCUGGAGGCCGGUGGAUGCUACUGCGGCACUGAAAAUUCUCGAGGAAGAACUAGCUGACAAUGUUGGCUCAGAUAGGGACAAAGAUUCAAUGUCAUCGGAUAUUUGGAGUACAAAAGAUAAAUCAGACACAUCAGAUUCCUCAACCUCGCCACACAACGAGGAGUGUGAAAGUUUUGGCGCCGUGACAAGGGAAGGUGACAGGAAGUGGCCACUGUCUGAUGAUGAGGAAAGAGCAAAUAUUUUAGAGAGGAUCCAUUCGUUGUUCAAAAUCCUCGUGAAACACAAGAAUCUUUCAUUGAGCCAUCUGAACAAGGUUCUACAUAUUACUAUGGAGGAACUCAGGAAGAUGCAUUCCGCGUCACUGCUGCUUAACCACUCGUUGGAUGAGUCACCACUCUGCAUUUGUUUCUUGGAUGUAUCAUCACUGCGGAAGGUGCUCAAAUUCUUGCAGGAACUUAUGCAGGCUAGUGGACUUAAUGAUAGGAACACAGAUAAGGAUGAGGAAGUAGCUGACAAAGAUAGUUUCCCAAAAAAUCGCAGUAACUUGGAGAAGGUUACACUUGAUUCUGAUUCAUCAUUGCUUAUCCUUGAUGGCCAGGCAUUUGAAAUGAGAUCUGACCGUGAUAAUGUUGUUGCUGACCCAUUCCUUUCAUGGUUAUAUACUGGACCUUCAGUUGAAGAGCAGCUGUUGGACUGGAACCAUAUGCUUGAUGUGAGGUCUGAUCAGUGCACGCACAUUCUUCAUGAGCUCGAGAAAGAGUUCUCAGCCUUGCAGAACUCGUACGAACAGAAGCAUGACCAGCUGAGCAGUGAGGAGGGCUUGCUUGCUGUGGAUAGCCUUUUAUGUGAAGAGCAAAGGCGGAGGGACGACGUGGAUCCCUAUCCAUUUCAAGGAUAUGAGGAGCUCCUAAAGAAGCGACAGGAGCAGCUGGAGCUCAAUGCUGAGGAAUUGUUUAGCGGUUGCAGAUCUGAGCUACAUGCUAUCUCUACUAUCUUAAGGGAAGUUAAAACAGCACCUUUUAGAUACGAUGAAACCUUUUCUGGCAUGACCUCGAACCAUCGUGACUAUGAUGGGACAGAGGAAGAUGAAUGGGGUUUUUAUGACUUUGAACAUUCAAACGAUUCGGUGGUACAGUUGGUUGUUUCAAGACUGAAGGAACAUGUUGCUAUGGAGCUUAACAAGAUAGAUGCUAGGAUUAUGCGAAUUUCAGCCGUGAUUGAGCAGCUGAAACUCAAGCUUGGGCCUGCUUCUGUCCUUGAUUACCGAACAAUUAUCCUUCCCCUUUUGAAAUCAUUCUUGCGAACCCAUUUGGAAGAGCUGGUGGACAAGGAUGCUAGGGAGAGAUCUGAUGCUGCAAGUGAAGCCUUCCUGGCUGAACUUGCUUUGGAUGCUAAGAGAAAUGCAAACAAAGUGAGCGACACAAAACAAUCCCAUGAUAAGUCAAAGGACAAGAAGAAAGUGAAGGAUUCUCGAAAAUCUAAGGAUCUUAAGGAUUUGAGCUGGAGUGAUCAGUACCUCGUCCGCCCAGAUAGUGUAGACGAGGAGACAUCAGAGCAAUCACUUUCAACAAGUGAUAAUUACUUAAAUGAUCAAGAAGAAUUCAGGAAUCGAUUACGACUUGAAGCAGAGGAAAGAAAGUUGGAGGAAACUUUGGAGUACCAAAGAUGGAUAGAGGAGGAAGCAAAGAAGAAGCAUCUUGCAGAACAACACAGAAGGACUUCACCAGGUUCCGAUGGGUCAGCUUGCCUUCGGACUGAUGUGAAUUUGAACGGGGAUCAGGAUAAGCACCAUUGUGCUCAAAAUAACUCACACACUCAUCUUGAGGGCAUAAAUUUUGGUGAUUUUCGGUUUUCUGAAGUUCCUUUGCAGGAAGAACAUUCUAUUUUGAGAUCAUGUGAUUCUGAUCUUCUGCAAACAAAGGAGAAAAAUCAUAACGAGGUACAUAAUGGUCUGGGCUAUCCUGGUACACGCCCAAUAGCCAGCAGCGAUGUGGACCUUAUUAAGCCUACAGUGAAAGUGAAUGGAGUUUGGAAAAAUGUAGAAUAUACAAAGGCUACACUGAAAGCGAAUGGAGUUGGGAAAAAUGCAGAAAAUACAAAGGUUCCAACUAUUCCUAGCACCCAAAAGUCUAGGAGAAGUACCAGCCAAGCUCAUAAAAAGUACAUUCAAGGUGUGACAGGCACUUUUCCUGUUGACGAUGGUGAUGAUGAUACUAGGCCAUCUAUUCGACAAUCUGGUUCACCAGUUUCAAGAUGGAGCAGUUCUGGUAAAGCAGUUGACACUGCCAAUCACAGUUAUCAAGACACAAAACAAAAUCAGCUACCACUAUUGUCUUAUUCACACCGUGUGCAUGGUGCUCACUCCGCUGGAAGAGAGAAUUCAAGUAGUGAGAAAGUUGACAGUAGUGCAAUCCCAUCAACAAAUCUGUACAUUGAGGAUGACAAAAGGUUCAAAGCAGACCUUGAGAGAGCUGUGCUUCAAAGCCUUGGCACUUCUAAUGAAAAAGAAGUCUAUGGGACUGGCCUUAAAAAUGCUGCUGGUGAAUACAAUUGUUUCUUGAAUGUGAUUAUCCAGUCAUUAUGGCAUUUAAAGCGGUUUCGUGAUGGAUUUCUUAAAACAUCAUCGCUGCAUAAGCAUGUUGAAGAUCCUUGUGCUGUCUGUGCAUUGUAUGAUAUCUUCACUGAUCUGAGCAAAGCAUCAGAGGAGCAAGGGGAAGCUGUCGCACCUACUUCUUUGAGGAUCGCUUUGAGCAAAUCCUACCCCAACAGCAAAUUCUUUCAGGAGGGGCAAAUGAAUGAUGCAUCUGAGGUUUUGGGGGUGAUCUUUGAGUGCUUGCAUAAGUCAUACACUUCUCGUGCUGACUGCCAAGUUAAAUCUCAUGAGAUCAAUUAUAUUGGUUCCUGGGAUUGUGCAAGUAGUUCCUGCAUAGCACACUGUCUUUUUGGAAUGGAUAUCCUUGAACGAAUGAACUGCCAGAGUUGUCGGUUGGAGUCAAGACGACUCAAGUACACUUCAUUUUUCCACAAUAUCAAUGCUAGUUCACUUCGAACUGCAAAGGAUAUGUUUCCAGAUCAUUCAUUUGAUGAUCUUUUGAAGAUUGUGAUAAUGAAUGACCAUCUAGCUUGUGAUCCAGAAGAUGGUGGUUGUGGAAAACCAAACCAUAUUCAUCACAUUCUUUCUAGCCCCCCUCAUGUUUUUACAGUUGUUUUGGGGUGGCAGAACAACAAAGAAAGUGUGGAUGACAUAUCUGGAACUUUGGCUGGUAUUUCAACUGAGAUAGACAUCAGUACUUUCUACCGUGGUCUAGACCAAGGAAGCAAACAUUCUCUGGUGUCAGUGGUCUGUUACUACGGGCAACACUAUCAUUGCUUUGCUUUUGAGGAUGGGCAGUGGGUCAUGUACGAUGACCAGACUGUGAAGGUUGUUGGUAAUUGGGAUGAUGUGCUCGUAAUGUGUAAGAAAGGUCACUUGCAACCUCAGGUGCUCUUCUUUGAAGCUGCAAAGUAAUUGUUCCUUCAGAUAGGCUUUUCCUUGUGGUGUUGUGAAGAUUAGAAAUUGAUACCAAAUUCGUUUUGAGCUGUGGGGGAUAAAGGCGUAAAGUGGUAAUUCAGCAGUUGCACUGAUCAGUUAGUUUUGUCAUGCCCCGUCAUAAAUAAACGGUCACAUGAGAAUACUAGAAAUAGAAAAGCCAGUAAUCCUUUUGUUUAGGUUUUUUGGAGCUUCGGUAUAGUUCUGAUCCCUGAUCCUGUCAAUAAGAUUUUGGCAUAGGAGUGGGAGGGUGGCCAUUCGAUCGUUUGCCAUCUAGAGGAUAGAGAAAAUUUCAGAGAUUCAUAAGCAUUGCUGAAUUUAUUUUGAAGCUGAUCCGAAUGCAUCGACGAUGUACAGAGUUGUGUUUACCAUGGGAAGGCUAUAGGGGUGGUGUUCAUUAGUUUUUGGAGAAGGGCGAGUUGUGAUGCAAAACUGGUUGUAUUCGUUGGAAAAUGUUGGGGAAGGGAUAUGUUUUUGGGAGCACGGUGCUUACAUUGAAAUGUUACAGAAUUUCCAUAAUCCUGGCAAUGUUAAAAUGAAUGGUCGCCAUGUUCUUUAAAGCGAUGUUAAAUUGCCUGAGUGUGUUACUCUGGCUGGUCUUUGCAA